CUGCAUUUCAGCUGCUGUCGCUGUUCGGAGGAAAGUACUGCUACUGCAUUGACUGUUUAGUAACAUGACCAGCAAGAAAAUAAUUGCAGUGUUUGGAGCAACAGGAGCUCAGGGCGGCUCUGUGGCCAGGGCCAUGUUGGAGGGCAAAAAGUAUGUGGUGAGAGCGCUGACCCGAGAUGUGACCCGCCCAAAGGCGCAGGUGCUCCGGGACCUUGGGGCCGAGGUGGUUGAAGGGGACCUGAAUGACAAAGCAUCGGUGGAGGCUGCCUUGAAAGGAGCCUAUGGGGCCUUCCUGGUAACCAACUUCUGGGACCAUUUCAGCAAAGAGAAAGAAGUGUGUCAGGGAGAGGUGGUGGCUGAUGUUGCCAAGAGCCAGGGUCUGAAGCACGUGGUGUACAGCGGCCUGGAGAACGUCAAGCGCCUGACAAACGGCAAGCUGGAGGUGCUGCACUUUGACGGGAAGGGAGAAGUGGAGGAGUAUUUCUGGUCCAUUGGCGUUCCCAUGACCAGCGUCCGAGUGGCAGCUUACUUUGAAAACUUUCUUGGCCCAUUGAAGCCAGUGAAGGCCUCUGAUGGAGAUUACUACACCCUGGCACUGCCUAUGGGGGAUGUACCAAUGGAUGGUAUCUCAGUUGCGGAUAUUGGAGCCGCUGUCUGCAGCAUCUUUAAUUCUCCAGAGGAGUUUGUGGGCAAGGCCGUGGGUCUCAGUGCAGAAGCGCUGACUAUACAGCAGUAUGCUGAUGUUCUGUCCAAGAGUUUGGGGAAAGAAGUCUGAGACGCAAAGAUCACCCCAGAGGCUUAUGAGAAGCUGGAAUUUCCUGGAGCAAAGGAAAUGGCCAACAUGUGUCGUUUCUAUCAAAUGAAGCCAGACCGUGACAUCAAGCUCACCCACCGACUGAAUCCCACAGUCAGAAGCUUCAGCCAGUUCAUCUCAGAGAACCAGGCAGCCUUGAAGAGCUCCUAAACUGUUCACACAGGCCUCUGAGAACACAGAGUCCUUCCUCCCAGAUCCUGGUCUUCUCUAGAGCACUAAAUCUAUGUUUAUAGAACAGAUAGCUUAGAAUACAGUUGUUAUACCCUGAAGGCUUCCCUGGGUUGGGAGUGGGGUGGGGGCGGGGGCAGGCGGUAGGACACUGCAGAGCUGAUUGACGCAGUAAUUGACCCACAGGUAACAUUCCAGCUGCUCAUAAACAUGGCACGCCUGUCAGGUUAAGUGAGAAGCUCCCAGCCUGCCACCCUUUGUAGUUCUCUCUUCCCAACAGCCAGGCUGCCUUGGAAGUCUCUGGCCUGAGCAACUUGGAGCUCAUUCCCUCUCACAAAUCAGUGGGGAUGGGGAGACCCUCAGCUCUCUCCUUCAUAAGUGGCCUUAAGGCCUGUCUCUGGAACUCCCCUAGACAACUCCAGUUUUUUCAAGCGCGUUGUCACUUCUCCGUGAGGUUUUAACUGAUUUUAAUUUUCUUAAAAAUCUUUGUAGAGGGUUUUCUGGGGAACUCGGUGUUCAGUGAACAAGUGUUGGAAAUUCAGUUUUGCUUCAAGGUUGGAAGCUCGUCUCUGAUUCAGUCAUUAAAUCAGCUGUUGAAUCAUCA